GGGCACAGUGCGGUGCCAGCCAGACCUGAACGAGACACACACAGACACCCAGCAAGGGAGCGCACACCCCCGGGAGGGGGCGCAGGCCGAGAUCCGAGAGGGGCGCAGACCCCGCGACCCACCAGGGCGCAGGAGGGGAGCGCAAACCCCGCGACCCACCAGGGCGCAGGAGGGGGGCGCAGCGCAGGAGGGGCGCAGACCCCAGCGGGGAAGGCGCAGGGAACGUGCCCCGUGCGCCCAUGAGUGUUGCCCAGGGAGCCGAGCUCUUCCCGGGCUCCGGGGACCUCCCCGAGCAGGCGAUGGCCGAGCUGAAGUCCCUGGGCAGCGACCCCUACCUGGCCCUGGCUCAGAGCUACGGCCAGUCCGCCUUCGCCUACGGGCCGGGGCGCGGCGCGGCGGAGAGCCCGCGGGGCUACGCGGGCGGCGGCGGGGCGUUCCACCCCGCCCCGCUGGGCAAGUCGGCGGAGAGCAGCGGCGAGCAGAGCGGGGACGAGGAGGACGCCUUCGAGCCGGCCAAGGGGAGCCCGGCGUACGAGCGGGACGGCAAACUCCCGGCGGGCGCCCUGGGGAAGAAGCCCAAGGAGCAGCGCUCGCUGCGGCUCAGCAUCAACGCCCGGGAGCGCCGGCGGAUGCACGACCUGAACGACGCGCUGGACGGGCUGCGCUCGGUCAUCCCCUACGCCCACAGCCCCUCGGUGCGGAAACUCUCCAAAAUCGCCACCCUGCUGCUGGCCAAGAACUACAUCCUCAUGCAGGCGCAGGCCCUGGAGGAGAUGCGGCGGCUAGUGGCCUAUCUGAACCAAGGGCAGGCCCUCAGCACCCCUCUCCCUGCCACCCUCAACCCCUUCGGACAGUCAGCUGUGUACCCCUUCUCGGGCACCGCCCUGCCCAGCUGCCCUGAGAAAUGCACGGCCUUCCCCGGGACCACCUCCUCGCUCUGCAAACACUUUGGCAGUCUAAGCAAAAUAAAUGAUGAAGUCAGUGUAAGGUGUAAAGAAACAUCAUUUGGAUUAUACUGGUGGAAGUUAGAAGACCAGUUUAUCUGUUUUUGUGUGUCAAGGCAAAGAGAGAGCGAGAUGAGACUCAAAAGUAUGUUUAAAACACUUCUGACAAAACUAAAGGCAAGAAGAACCAUUGCUGAAGCAAAAAUGACUAGGAAACACAAAAAUCAUUUUAAAUUCUGCAGACUGAAUCAGUGCCAGAAAUGAUUUUCAACAAAGGUUCAAUUUUUAACACUAAAGUAUGAUUUUAUGAUAAACGUUUAUUAAUUCUAGCUCAAGCGCUGGAAACGGAGCAGUUGGUGUUAUUUAAAUGCAGAAUAGUUUAAUUGUUAAGUUUCCACUCUUAUUAAAAUAGCCAUAGGAUAAAGUAUUUAACAGUUUCAUAUUAAAAACAAGCUUGUUUGUUUCAGAGGUGAUCAUCAUUAAUGAUCGGGUUUAUAAUUGCUUCUUUUUCUGAUAAUUAUGACAGAAAAGACUGACUGAUUCUGAAACUGCAUAGCUUAAGGAAGUCUCCAUGGAUAUAAGGUGUAUUGUAGAACAAUGCCAUUGGAUAUAACUUUAUUGAUUAACUUUUCUCUCAAUUUUCCAGUAAAAAAAAUGCUUCCUUAUUUUGUCAUAUCCAUCCUCAGAUUAAAAUAUCCACUUUCUAAGGGACCUUGAGAUAUUCAGAACUCUGCUCAGAACCAAUUUUGAAUUAAAUGCUCUCAUACCCAGUAGGAUAAAAAUGGAAUUUCAAACAUAGAAGAUCAAGAAAAUCAUAUGGAAAUGUGGCAAGGUUUCAGUAUCUAAGUACUUUUUAAAAGCUGGAAAUUCAAAAACAGAAGUCUAGAAUUCACAACAGUAAUGUUAAAAUAAUGUCUAAGACAUGACUAAAAAUACACAUCAAGAAAGGUGAGCUAUAUAACUUAAGCAGAGAAAAUCUAUUUAUUUCAUUUUUCUUUCCUGCAUAUAGCACACUAGUAUAGCAUUUAACCAGAACAGAGUAGACCAUAACUAUUUAAUGGUAAGUCUGAAAGCCAGGCACUCUGAUAAAUUGUUUCCAUCUAACAGUGUCUGCAGUACUUACAAACUUUUACAUGGGCAAGCAACUGGAAGCAACACAUAUUGAACCCUUCUUCUGUUUCUUGUUAACCAGAAGGUGUCUGCUUCAGUUUAAUUUAUAUCUUAUAUUUGCAAUGCUGUUAAAGUCUCAGUGAGGAUAAUUCCUAACUGUGGAUGAAAGAAAUCAGGUUGUGUCCGCACUUCUCUAAUAAUACCUAAUGCGAGAAUAUUGCAUUUGCAGGUACAGUAUCUUCGGAGUUAACCGUGCAAUAAAUUGACAACAUCCUA